UGUCAGUGAAAUAUGGCAACCCAAGCUGCCCGGAACAACAGAGCUGAUCGUUGUUGACAACUGUAGCUUGGCUGAAAACUUCUCCAGCUGUCAGAACAAUGAAGCUGUCAUUGGUUUUGCUGGGUUCUGUUCUUGUUUCAACGGGUUGUCGUCAGCGCUAGCUUCUGAUGAGCUGGGUUAGUUACGUUACUGAGCAUCUGUAGCUUGACGUUAGCUAGCUAACAGUUAGCUGAAGACGCAGCAGCAGCAUGGGCGAUGGCACCAUUACUCCAAGGCUCGGCAACAUGAAAGCGUUUCUAGGCUUAGUUGCCGGCGCUGGAGCUUCCUACGGUUUAUAUAAACUGAUCAGCGGGGAGAGCUUUAAAAGAAACAAAAAGAGUGCUGCUAAUGAAAAUGUUAGUGUUAGGAGCAGUCAGCCUAAUGAAGGUAAAUUACAGCCGGGCAGCCUGCUGGCCAGAGUGUCCGGACUGGAUGUUGUCUGUCCCCGACCUGUGGAUGGUGCUUCAGGUGACGUCGUCCACCAGUCCCCAGGCAACCUGGAUCCACAGCACUUGAAAAUGCUGCUGUCAUGUCUGCAGACCAGCAAUAAUACAACAGACAGAUGUCGGAUACUACUGACUUUAGGAAAUUCUUCUGCCUUUACUGUGAAUCAGAAUCUUAUAAGGGAAUUUGAAGGGAUUCAUAUCAUAGCUGGUUUCCUCUCUGAUACUGCACCAGAAGUUAGAGUGCAGACACUGAAUGCUUUGAAUAAUCUAUGUAUGAACAUCCAAAACCAGGAACAAAUAAAGGUUUAUGUGCCACAAGUGUUGGAGCUGAUAGAGAUGUCUCCAGUGAAUUCUGACCUCCAGCUUGGUGCUCUCAGACUGCUGACCAACCUUUCAGUCACAGAUAAACAUCAACACUUACUGAAAGGAUCAAUUACACUUUUACUCUCCCUGCUCGUUGUAAGCAAGGAAACAUUACAGCUUCAGGCUUUGAAAGUCCUUGUAAAUUUGUCAUCCAAUCCAGAUAUGAUGGAUGACAUUGUUCAAGCUCAGGCGCCAGCAUCUGUUGUGCUGCUGUUUGACGCACGAACAGCCUCUGCCGUGCUUCUACGAUUGCUGACGUUCGCAGGGAACUUAAAGGCCUGGAGGCCCUCAGCCCAGGUGGCAGAUGAACUGAGGCGGAAGCAGGAUUGCCUCUUCCGGGUCAUGUUAGAUGAGUCUUCCCAGCUCCACAGCAGACUGGUCCAGCUGCUCUCACACCCUGAUGUGGAGAUUCAGUCCCAGGUGGCUCACAUCUUGACAUAGACCUACUUCUCUGCACACUAACCCAUGCACAGCUUUUGCUUCCACACAAUUUGCCAAAGCCCUCAACCCUUCAAUUCAACUAUAAUUCUUUUGACAUUAGUCUCAUAAAACAGAAGGCUAUGAGGCCUUCUGCAGAUAUUAAGCUUACACUUCUUCAUUAUCUAUAUGUACAAUGUUCUACAGAUCAGAGGGGUUUUUUUGUGUGUAAGGAGGCCCACAAUCUUAACACUUUGAAAACCCAUACUCUACAUCAAUAAUUUUGUCACACUUCAGUAAAUUAUCUAUCACACCUCCCCAGCCAUAUAUUCACUUUCUUUCACUAAAUUAAUUGUUGAGCAACCACUGAGCAGGAAGCCACCAUUCAUGCAAUAUGACAUAAAAACAGACAACCUCUCGCUGUCUUUUUUCCUGCCACCUGCAGCUUAUUCUCCAUGACCAGAAAAUGUUUUCCUUCAAAUAUCCACAGUGCCCUCCCUUCUGAGAAAGUAAUGUACUCUCUCCGAAGGCAUGUUCCAGGUGAAAUUUCUGAACCCAAACCCACUGCCAAACAUUUUCUAGAGAAUGUGUCAGAACGACCUGAGCAGCAUGACCAAACCAGAGUAAAGAAACCACCCUCUGUGGCUCAGAGAGACACUUACUGUAGAUGGAGAGCCGUACACCUUAGCAUGCUUUAGAGAGAGAAUGGCUUAUUUAUCAACAUGUUGGACUUAAAGCUUAUGGUCUUGAGUAAUCUUUUAUUUAUGUAAUUAAUUUGAGAAUCAGUGCAUCAUGACUAGUCAAAGAUCAGUGUGUCAGGAAGAACUUGGAGCUGAAACCUUACCUCCACAUUAAGAAGAACUAGGGGAUAGGACACCUUACAUUUUAGGCUUGUUUAUUAGAAAUGAAUGGCAUUUGUUGUUGGAAAACCGCAUGAAAUGUUUAUGAAAAGAACAUAAAGACAUCAAAAGAUGCACCAACCACAGCUGCCUGGGAUGAAACCAGGACAUAACUGGUGGCGUUGCAUCUCUCAGACACGCCUGCAAUACCCCAGGGACGAGCUGGGGGAAGUUGCAAGGGAAAAGGAUGUGUGGACUUGAAUGGAGGGGUUGACCUCUUGCAAAGUAGCCAGUAAUAAUAACUCCUUCUGUUUUCUAACCAUUGCUGUGUUUAAACAUUGUUAUGCAUACAAUGGUUAUAGAAUAACAACAGAUAUUGAAUGUUAUGCACUCAUAGUUAGUGACAGACUGGAGCUGUGGAACAUCUGGUCACUUACAGAAGUACUUACAGAGAGAGAUGGGUGGUGCAUACCUCUAAAAUUGCAGGAAAAUUGUGAUUAUCUCAGAAUAUGAUUUUUAAUGCAAGGAUCUUAUGAAAUGAGCCUGUCCAGGUGUAAUACAAUGCUGCACAUUUUACUGACUUUAUUGAACCCAAAUCCUAAAAAUCUCUCAGGCACUAUGGUUUACCAGAACAGUUACAGCAGGAGGCUGAUUUACUUGUGAUUUACUUUAUAACAUUUAUUUAAUGAAGCUUUUUGCCUAUAAAAAGACAAAUGUUUGUUGUGUUUGUUUGGAUGGUUCAAUAAAAGCUAUAUGACAAGAA